AUGUCACUAUUCUCUGCCAUGGCUGACGAAGGCAACGUGUGGGGCCAGGGCUCGUCACUUUUUAACAUCUCAAGUCCACUUAAUGAUCUGCUAGAGAAGGACGAUUUUACACUUGAACAAGUCCUUCAGGAGGAUGAACUUGUACAGGAAGUCAAGACACGCAAUACGAAACUCAUUGACUUUCUCUCACAGGAAAAUAUCGUACAUCAACUUGUGGAAUAUGUUGUACGAUCACCUGAGGACAAAUCUGAUGAUUUGCGUACACUAAAGUAUCCGUACAUGUCGUGUGAAGUCAUUUGCUGUGAUAUUUCGAGCAUUACGGACACGUUAGUGACUGCAUCGGACGGGAAAAUUGUGGAUGCACUUUUUGAGUUUUUGUACAAGCUGGACGAGCUAUUGGACCCACGUCUGGCUGGAUACUUUGAGAAAAUUGUCAUGAUGCUCAUGGUCCGUAAACCACAGGAGAUGACGACGUUGCUUAAUAAGAAUUCGGACAAGUUGCUUGCGGGAUUUGCGCACCAUGUGGCCAAUUUUUCUGUUGCAGAGCUGCUUAAACGAUUGCUGCAGCCUUAUCAGGCCGACUAUAUGGACGACUGUAUGGAUUUUCCUGGCAUGUCGAUGGGGUUUCCACCUUCAAACUCUUGGUAUGGAGGCGAAGAUGAGGAGGGAUUGAGUGAAAGUGAAACUCCCACGGCAUCAAAGGAAAAGACGCUGACAUGGCAAUCGGAGCCGACGGUUGUGGAUCUCCUGAUGAAGACACUGGAAGAUAUAAAGGUGGAUAGUGACGCUCACAAGCAUGCGUCGGAAGUGCUGGUGGACAUUAUUCACUGUGGAACCCGUGCGCAACAGACGGAUCCGGCUUCGCCUGCGAGUUCGAGUGCACCUGUAUCGUUUGCACUGUUGGAACAUUUGGAGACGAAGGAAAUUGCUGAUAAGUUGGUUGCGUUGGCUGUGCCUAUGCAUGGUGCCGCUGACUCGAGUGUGUCGUCAAUGUCAGGUGCAAUUUCUGUACUAAGUGCGCUCCUAUCGCGUGCUACAAAUGCGCAGUACUCCGCGGCGGACGAGGUUCCACCCGUGGUGGCAUGCACUGUAGAGCGUCUGCCGCAAAUAUGCACGAUUCUUCAGGGAGACGGGGUUGAUGCCGGUAUUAUUCGUAAUCAGCGUCACCAGGAGGUCCCGCGCCUGGGACUGCGUCGAUUGAAGAUGGUUGGACUCAUUGUGCUACUGAUGCAGUCCAAAUACCAGAAGGUGGAUAGCGCACUGCUUGAGCAGCAAGCUAUCGGUAUUUGCCUGGACUUAUUCUUCAAAUUCGAAUUGGUAAACAUGCUCCACGCAGACAUCGAGAGCAUGAUAAUUGGCAUUUUAGAAAGUGGUAGCCACGAUUUGCUGGUAGGAUUAGUGAAGGAAGCGCGUUUGCUGUCGCGCAUCAUUGAGGCGCACGAGAAGAACAAAGAAGCUACAGCUGUCGCCAAGGGCUUUUCACUUGGAUACGUAGGCCACCUUCACCGAAUUUGCAACACGCUAAUGACGAUGCUGGAGGAUAUGCGUGGUAGCACAAACGAAGAGGGAUCUUUAAACGAGAUGCGGCAUGCAGAUACGGUGCUGGAAGUUUUUGAAGAGGACGAAGGCACGUGGAAAAGAUGGGAGGAACUAUCGAGCAAAGUGCUUGCCCCCAUUUAUGAACGUGAACGUAUGCCUCUGGGUGGCGUCACGGUUUCACAGGGAGGUGAAGACCCAUACUCGGUUAUGGGUUUUAACCAGAAUGACGACCUUUUGAACGCACAAUUUGCAGAGAUGUUAGGUGCCUCGGGCUUUGGCUCCGACCCCAAUGGCUUUGAUACGGACUUUGACGUUAAGGACACUGACACACCUAUGCUGCCAGAAAUCAUGAACGACAGCAGCAGUAGCGAGGAAGAAGAUGAGGAGGAGCUUGCACGGCAAGAAAGUGCUCCUAAGGAUAGUGAGGGCGGCGUGGGCGUCGAUCGAUGGGCAAGUUUUGAGUCGGGCGGCAGCUGGGCCAAGUUUGAGGGCACUUUUGAGGAUAUUCCAUUUGAGCCCAUUCCGGGCAUGGAAAACGACGGGUUUAAUGAUGAUGAGCCUGUGCCACCUGUUGUAACCACGGCAGAUUUAGCUGUGAACCAUCGAGGCGCCGCAGCCGCCGCGGAGCCUACUAAGGUCGCUGCUAUUCCUGCCACGGAGAAAACGACAACAGAUAAGAUGCCGGUGGAGACAACCUUGGAGACUCCUGCGACGACGGAAUCUACGCCCUCGGUGGAGACAACCUUGGAGACUCCUGCGGCGACGGAAUCUGCGCCCACGGUGGAGACAACCUUGGAGACUCCUGCGGCGACAGAAUCUGCGCCCACGGUGGAGACAACUUUGGAGACUCCUGCGGCGACAGAAUCUGCGCCCACGGUGGAGACAACUUUGGAGACUCCUGCGACGACGGAACCUACGACCACGGUGGACACAGAGACAGAGACAAAAACCCAGACUGCGACGGACGCUAGCAGUUUGGAGGAAUCACCCAGUGCAGAGGCAGAGACAGAGGUAAAAGAAAUUUCAGCGGAUGCUGCUGCACCGGAGGCGCAGGCGUGA